GCGGAUGACCUAUCCUUGCAAGAGAAACGUCAGGCACUCGAGAGUCUAGCAGACCCACUGAACUGGGAGAUGAUCGCCGCCAACCAGGUUGCACUGCAUCUUGAAGAUCUUGGAGCAAGCAGCAUUGAUCAAGUGCCACUCAACACCAGACCUGAGGUGUGCCUUCACUGCGCCAAACCUUUUGGCACGCUCUUGGCACUCCAGCAGCACAUCCAGACUUGCCACCGGACCUAUAGCUGUGUCAGAGAUUCCCAAGGAGGCACGGCGGUUUGUGCUCACUGUGGAGUUGACUGCAAAGAGCACUGGAAUCUUCGAGCUCAUAUUGACAAGAACCGAUGCUCGAACUUCAAUGUACAUCGACAAGACUCGACUGCCCUCAUCCUUGACAGGAAUUUGCACUUCCACCUGCUGCAAGGUGACAUCCGGACCCUUCUCACGACUCCGGAAGAUGCAUUCCACCUGACACAGGUCUGUACCAUAUGCAUGCAACAGUUCAGAAGGGCCAUUGACAUCUUACGACACCUCCAACAGAGUCAUGGGGAGCAUUUCCGGCUAGCAGACCCCUACCAUGCUGUCCUGCUGGAAUUCACCCAGAAGGAUGAUUGUGUUUGCAAUCCCUCACCCUGGCUGACAGCCGCACAGGCCAAUCGACACAGCUGCACGGCAUACCGCCAGUUAGCCAUCCUCCAUCACCACUUGAAUCCUGACCAUCGAUGGCUCAUAUUACCAAUUGCAUUCACAGAAGAAAUCCUCACCAGAGUUGCCACCUGGAACCCGGUCCUUCACAGCAAGGCUCCAGCACUGGUCCAACGACUCCUACGCCAAGAACUGCACCAGAUCUGGUCGGACCAGACCAUUUGUCAGGCCCUCAAAGAGCAUUGCAGCAUAUGCACAUGUCAAAAGACGGAUCUUGUGGAGCACCUGACACACAAUCACAAGGCCUUCCUGAACGAAUUCUGUGCAGUGUUUCGAUAUCUAGCCAUGAACCUCAAACGGCUAGGACCUUGCUGCACCUCCAGCGCAAGCAUGGAGAACAUGGAGGGAGUGGUCCUGACGGAAGCCGACAGGCUCAGUCAAUUAGAGACCUCCUUAGGCGCAAUGCUACGGUCCAACAGGGAGCUCAGCAGGGAUCAGAACCGGGAUGCACCCCAGCCCCGAAAACGCCAGAAACCGGCGCGGGGGAGCGCGAGAGAUCACCAAGGGGAAAGCAUCGACCAGCUCACCAGGAUGUUGGCCAUCUUGAUGAUCCGCCACGAAGACAGCCUGAACAGCUACCAGAGUCAGGACAGCUACAUCAUCCACUUCAACAGGACGACCAACGGCCUGAUCGACCACAUGGUGCAGGAAGCCAGUUCAUGGAACGAGAGGAUGAAAGCCAACACGGCGGACCUCCCGCCGUUGAGGGUGCAUCUUGCGAUGGGUCUCUCCCAUCAAAUGAUCACCCGCUUCAUCGAGUUCGGGAAAGCCAUCCAGGAUCCCAAGAUCAAGCAGGGAGCACUCUCGACACACCUCCUGCUGGAGAACAAUGCCUUCCCCUAUCUGAAGUGGGAUGCCCAUCGCAAGAUGACAGUACCAGACAACCGGCCGGGCAUCCCACUCAACGAGAUGGAAGCUCUCCUCCAACGGCUCCAGGUCUUGACCAAACUCAAGACCAACGUGGUCCGCUUCCACUCUCUGCAGAACAUGAGCAAGACCACGGAUGUGGUGCCUUGGAGGCUUCAAGUCUCCAUGAGGGACCAGGAGCUCAAGGAUGUGAUGGACAAGCUAGCAGCGAACUCAGUAUGGCUCCUCAUCAGU